AUGGAGACCUGGGGCACUAUAGUUGCAAUCCUGGCCACACUGAUGGUUGCCACUGUGGAUGCCAAGAUCUAUGGACGCUGCGAGCUGGCAAUGAAGCUGGACAAGGCGGGCCUUAACGGCUUCAAGGGCUACACCAUUGGAGACUGGAUAUGCAUGGCACACUAUGAGAGUGGCUUUGACACCUCCUUCGUGGACCAUAAUCCCGACGGCAGCAGUGAAUAUGGCAUUUUCCAGCUGAACUCUGCUUGGUGGUGUGACAAUGGUGUUACACCCACCUGGAACCUUUGCAACAUGGAUUGCCGUGACCUGCUCAACCGCCAUCUUCUGGAUGACAUCCUGUGUGCCAAGCAGGUCGUGUCCUCAAAAAAGGGCAUGACUGCCUGGGAUUCUUGGACUCACCACUGUUAUGGCCAUGAUUUAUCUGAAUGGAUCAAGGGCUGUAAUAUGCAUGUAAAAAUUGACUCAAAGAAAAUCAAUUCAUAA